CCUCUAUAAGUAGAUCCCCAGUAGCCUACAUCCCGUCAUGUCACAUAUAAACAGAGGACACCUCAGAGCCCAUACUGACACACGCUAUGUUUAGAGUGAGGACUCAUUCUCCAAUAAGAUUUGGCUGAUGCAAUCACCUGUCCGUUCAGCCAGCGCCAUUUUACUGUAGACCGAAGCGCAUAACAAGUAAUGGAAAGGGAGACGACAAAAUGGCGGCUGUACUGGAGACAACAUUUUGAUAGCGGGUUCUCUAGUGUUUGUAGUGAAUGCUACACGCGUGUUCUGCUCCUGUCACAUUAUCCUGGAGCUCCGGCGGGUUCUGUACAGAUAACACCGGUUGAGUGGUUUUAAAGACUCUAUACCUUGAACCCUACAUUACCAAACACUAGUAUAGUGACAUCACCCAAUGGAAAAAUCCCUUAAUGAAUUAGAGGGCAGCGUCGCAGGGGAGUCCAGUCGUGAUCUACUACCGGAAACCUCCUCCCGCCCCGCCUGGGGCAGUAAAGUGCAGUAUAUCCUUGCCCAGGUUGGCUUCUCUGUCGGUCUCGGAAAUGUCUGGCGGUUUCCUUACCUGUGUCACCAAAAUGGGGGAGGCGCCUUCUUGUUACUGUACUUUCUGUUACUUCUCCUCAUCGGCAUCCCCCUAUUCUUCUUAGAACUGGCUGCUGGGCAGAGUAUUCGUCAGGGAAGCAUUGGGGUUUGGAAGCACAUCAGCCCGCGGUUAGCUGGGAUCGGCUUUGCUAGUUGUGUGGUUUGUUCCUUUGUGGCUCUUUACUAUAAUGUCAUCAUUGGAUGGAGUCUCUUCUACAUGUUCAAUUCGUUCCAGUACCCAUUGCCAUGGGAAAGCUGCCCCGCUCUGGCCAACCAGACACAAAAAGAAGGAGAGUGCGCCAAGAGUUCAGCCACUACAUACUUCUGGUACAGGAAGGCGCUAGACAUCACCGACUCCAUUGAGCCCUCUGAGAUGAACUGGCCAAUGACUGGAUGCCUGGUCCUUGCCUGGAUUCUGGUGUGUGGAGGAAUGAUCAAAGGAAUCAAGUCUUCUGGGAAAGUGAUGUAUUUUAGCUCAAUUUUUCCCUACAUUGUGUUGGUGUGUUUUCUCGUCCGUGGACUUCUGCUGGACGGGGCUCUGGAUGGGAUCCGAAUCAUGUUUACACCAAAGCUGGAAAUCUGGGGAGACAUCCAGGUUUGGCGACAGGCAGCUACUCAGGUCUUCUUUGCUUUAGGCCUUGGAUUUGGAAGCGUGAUCGCCUACUCCAGCUACAACGAUCGGGGCAACAACUGCCACUUUGAUGCCAUUCUGGUGUCAUUCAUCAACUUCAUGACCUCUAUACUGGCAACACUGGUCGUUUUUGCCGUCCUGGGAUUUCGGGCCAAUGACAUAGCAAAACAAUGCGUUUUGGAAAACCUGGAAAAGGUUAGGACUUUGGUUGAGGUGGGCACGUUGUCCCCAUCUUUGCUGCACAACAUGACCAGUGCAGAGUACAGCGACUGGUACACGAGAGAGGACGCCGCGGUCAACCUGACACAGUAUGGCAUUGUGAACUGCUGGGCAGAAGAGGAGAUGAACAAGGGUGUCGAAGGGACAGGAUUGGCAUUUAUCGCCUUCACCGAAGCAAUGACUCGCUUCCCUGCGUCCCCGUUUUGGUCUUUAUUAUUUUUCCUCAUGUUGCUAAACUUGGGUCUCAGCACUAUGUUCGGAAACAUGCAAGGAAUCAUCACCCCGCUGCUCGACAACUUCACGUGUUUACGCAAGAGGAAAACCUUAUUCACAAUUCUCUGCUGUAUCAUUGGUCUCCUGAUUGGGUUGAUCUUCGUUCAGCGAUCCGGAUCCUAUUUCGUCUCCAUGUUUGAUGACUAUUCGGCCACUUUGCCUCUUAUUAUCGUUGUGAUAUUUGAAAACGUGGCUGUGGCCUGGGUGUACGGGGCAGACAGGUUUAUGGAUGACAUUCAAGGAAUGUUGGGCUUCCGUCCUUGGCUGCUGUACAAGUAUAUGUGGCAGUACUUCAGCAUCCUGGCCAUGAUUGGUCUCCUCCUUGCCAGCUUGAUUAGAAUGUGCAUUGCGCACCCCACAUACCAGUCAUGGAACAUGGAGAAGGCAGCUGAAGAAAAGUUGGAAUAUCCACCAUGGGCUCUGGCCAUGCUCAUCAGCUUGAUCGUUUUGGCUUCCUUUCCUAUCCCAGCAGUAUUCCUGAAACAAAUUAUACAAGACUGGUUACAGAAUCGGAGAUCAAAAGCUUAUGGACAAUGUGAAUACAGUCAAGGCUGUACGGUUGAUGAAGUCCUUGAACCCGUCGAAGAGACCAUCCCAAGGUGCGCCAACGGCUACCUACAUGUGGAGAUGGAAGAUCUUGCCGAGAGGGGCAAACUGCUUACCGAUGGAGAUGAGGAGGACGUCGAUAAUGUAGUGGGCUAAACACAAGGGAAACCAUUUUAUGGGAUUUAGAAGUAGAUCAUGGUCACUGAAGCACCAACAAGUGGCGCCGAGCAGACGAGCAGGCUUAGUCUGUCUGUGGGAUUGGUGAUCAAAAUCUUCCUUACCCAAAAGGGAGAAAUUGGUGCCUGGUAGUGAUGGAAAUCAUACUGUGCCAAUUAACCAAAGGCCGGUUCCUUCUCGGUGUUAGCUGCUUCCUCCAAGUAUUUUCAGUUCCUACCUCUUUUGGCCAACGGUACAGAUUUAUAAAAUCAUAUCUGGGGAUCGAGAUAUUACAAUAUGUCAAAAUGACAUCACCGAACGCUGAGCACUUUCCAUUGCCAGUCACAGAUCUGAGAAUCCUAAUGGAGGCGAAUGACCAGCCGAAGCGGAUCUGGUGAUAUUUAUUACGGUAAUGCAGUCAGAGUUAAUUUUGUACGUGACUAUCGGAUUGUAGUUACCGGUACUGAUCCUAUGAGGAAGGGACCUACCUGUUACGACAUCGUUUUGUAUUACACCACAUGUACUAUCUGUGUAUAUAUAUAUAUUUUUUUUUAAUUGGAUAAAAAAUGCGGAUCGUAUUGUGAUGUUACUUUCCAAAUGCUUGAAGGACAAUCCUGAAGAACAAAUGGACAGAUUACAGAAGAUUGUGGUAUGCAGGUACUACACCCUUCGUCUGUUCACAUGGACCUGUAGAUACUAUUAUUAUUAUUAUUUAUAGCGUUGUGCAAGCUUUGGCUUUUAAGAGUAAAUGAUAUGUCUAUUUUAUGGCGUAAGUUUGUUUUAUUUUAUUUGUCUUGCUGUACCGUGCUAAUAUAGGUUUCCUUACUGUAAUAGACAGUGUUUGCAGUCAUGUGAGCGAGCCAAUGUCUCUACUGUAUUCUAUGGGAAUCAUAAACAGGCCCAGAAGUAACUGACAGGUUUUUCACUAGAGACACUAUUAUCAUCUAAGCCAGUCUUUCCCAACCAGGGUGC